AUGGUUUCUCUUCCGUUCCGACGAGCAUCCAAGGCCGAGGCCAACUCGUCCGCGCCCGCUCCCUACUACAAGUACGACCGAGGAGAAGAUGCCGAGCAGGAGCAGAACCAGGACCCCAAUGCUCCUCCCUCGCCCAACAACAGACGUCAGAGCAAAGCGCAGGAUGUCAGUGACCCCAUUCUGUCUGCGAUUCACGACGCCCAGCCGUUCGAGCAGUCGUACAACCAUCAAGGCGUCCACCAGAGUCUGUCGCCAGACAUGCAGCUCCGAGAUACUUUUGGAGCUCCCAUCAGUGACCCCGACCGGUCCAACCCUACCCGUCCUCGAAACGAGCGACCUCUUGACACAAUCCGAACGUUUGAGUACCUGACGACCGGAGACGAAAGAGUGCGAGAGGAGAUGGAGACGGGAUCUCUGGGCUUUGUGCCCCGACAGGGCUUCACCGUGCCCCAAUUUGACACAAACCCCUACGCCCCCCAGGAAGGCUCAAGCAAUGGCCCCGAGGGUGGAAACGUCAUUUCUUUUGCUGGCAACGGCGAGAGCGCAGAAUUCAACUACAUCCGAGACCCUCCUCCCGUGACCAAGGAGAAGAAGAAGCGAGGUCUGUUUGGCCGAAAGAAGAAGGAGAAGCCCAUUACCGUCGGACAGUUGGAGGAGUAG